CGGUAAUGCAUUAUUUUUCUGCUUGUGUAAAAAACUGACUCGAUCAAUAAACGGACAUUGAUAAACUUGUGACUUGUGAAAAAACUUUCUAAGGAUAAUGUUUAAUUUAACAAGCUAAAUGGAGACACUGGGCCGAUUAUGAUGUUUCAUUUGUGGCCAGCAAACAACCAGGAGGACAAAACACAGAGAGCAAUGCUCCAUUUUGUUGGAUUUGCCGUGCUUCUCUGUGGGGUUGUUGAAAGCCUCAACAUAUGUUCCGUGCAUAACAGCACGGAACAUACUUGUGAAAUCGAGGGCAUAGUCUUUAACUGCAGUUACCAGCGCCGGACCACGGUUCCCUAUAUUGGGCCGAAAGCUGACAUAAAUGUCUGUUUCCUGGAUCUCUCUCAUAACCAGUUGGUGGAAGUGAAUAAUGAGAUGUUUAACUUUCUGCCGAACUUGCAACAGCUGGACUUAAGAUGGAACAGAAUCAAACAUGUCAGUAGAUACGCUUUCUAUACCCUACCUAGACUCUCAAUCGUAUGGCUUACUGGUAACAACAUCGAAUGUGGAUGUGAGGAGAAACGUGUGGAGUAUUUCAGAAACAACCUACGUGUCAGGUAUGGAAGAGGUCUGAAAAUCGAUGGCUUUUGUGCAGAUGGAAGUUUUCAAUGCUCAGAAGACAUAGUUCAGGCCAACGCCACGUGCUACAAAUGCCAACAAGUUGAUACUAUCAGUCCGUGCUUACAAGAGCAACAAUGCGCAAAUGAAAAGGAGGUCUGUUUUUCAAAAUUGGAAUACAACGGACGGAACCUGACCUUUUCGACAGGUUGCACGGAUCACUCUGCAUGCCUUCGGGAUCCUUAUCUGGGAUGCGCGUCGAGUGACGUAGGCCUAAUCUUUGCUUCCUGCAGCAUUUGCCACAAGGGGUCGCUGUCAAAUAAUAUUGUUGUUCCAAAUUUUAUAUCGAAGUUCAUCAUUGGUGGAAAAAUAACACUGUCUGCAAGGGUAAUGCCUAAAACAGAGAAAUACACAGCAGAACUUAGAAAUCUCGUAAGUCAAGCGCCUGGCGAUAUAGAAGUCGGACAGCUUGAGUUCAGAAACGAAGGUCUCCUUUUAACGUUCCGGAUGUACGUCACAACAGUGUAUUUUGAAACAUUGACGCACGUGUUAAAUGGGAUUGCUAACGAAAUGAAAAACAACAUCCAAAGCACAUCAUUUCAUGCCCUUGUCGAGAAUGUGACUGCCGAACCAAUCCACUGCCCAGAGAUCAGUGAAGAUACGCCCCGAGGACUCUUUGUUUGGCCAGUGACCAUAACCGGCAACGAAACUACGGUUACCUGUCCGAUUAAUGCGAAGGAAAAUGCAACUCGAAAGUGUAACUACAAAGCAGAUUGGGAAAGUGCCGCAAUAUCAAAAUGUUUGUUCAAGGACUCAUUUGCUCGAAAAUUAGAAGAAAUGGACAAGCUUUCUGUCACCGACGGACAUCGAAUAGUAAAUACACCAUUUUUAAAGAACCCGCGAAGAAACCACGUCGUCUGUAACAAAAAAGAAAAUGUACAGGAGCUUGUCAAGAAUUUGAGUUCUGCAUCAAACAACUGGACAACGUACCAUGAGCAUCACGUAGACAUCACUGUGAAUGUCCUUGAAAACGUAAUAAAUUACGCUACCACUGGACUGUCAACUGCUGUUUCUGAUGAUUUAGUUAGCGUUAUCAGUAACGUUAUGAACGUUAACGAUUCUAUUCUAUCAAAGGCUCAAAGCACGGGCCAAACGUCACAGAGAAUGGUUGAGCUUGUUGAACUCAUCGGAGAAAAAGUUAACAGGAGCCGAAAUGAGUCUCAACUGGUGAAGCAAAAUAUAGCUGUUGUUGCCUUAACACAUGCGGACAACGAAACUAAAGGAUACACAUUGUCUUUUAAAAGCAACAGCUCUGAUCUAACGGAUUCGGGGGUGAAGGUUGAUGUUGGUGAAGCUGAUGUUGACAACGGAAACUCUGGAAUAACCGUCCCCGGCAAUGCAAGCACACGCAGAAAUAUUACAAUUAGCGUUCUGAAUAAUGAAAAACUGUUUACGUCACAAGAAAGAAGGCAUAAUGUUAACCAGACGGGCAAGAAAGCAAAACAUCGACAUAUUAACAGCAGGGUAAUCGGUGCUAGUGUACCGGGCUUCAAUGUGUCGAACUUGACGACCCCUGUUAGGAUAACGCUGCAACAUAGGAAGAAGGGAGGUAAUGUGGCAUGCGUGUAUUGGAGCGAAAAACAGCAUUUGUGGAAAACGGACGGAUGUUUUGUGCACAAAACAAAUGCUGAUUACACUGUGUGCCACUGCGAGCAUUUGACUAACUUUGCUCUUCUGAUGGAUAUACACAACACUGGAGAAACGUUAUCGGAUACAGAACGGAAAGUACUAAAAAUGUUAUCUCAAAUUGGGUGCGGCUUGUCGUUUGUAGGUGCAACACUGACGUCCAUCACACAUUUUAUGAUGUAUUUUUCAAGGGACAGGCAGUUUAAACAAUUAAAAACAUCCGUCACCGUGGCUUACCUUUGUUGCUCUUUAAGUGUGAUUGACCUUGUUUUUAUAAUCGGAAGUUUUGGCUUUGCCAAAGAACCACGGUUUUGCAAGGCAAGAGCUGUGGUUUUGCAUUUCGCUUUUCUGUCAGUAUUCUUAUUCAUGGGGGUCAUGUCUGGACUCCUGAUAUAUAAAUUGGUCAAGCCAUUUAAGGCCCAGGGCGAAGUCGGUGGAAGAUACUUUCAUCCAGUAAUUGCUGCUAUUGGGAUCGGUAUACCUGUAUUGGUAAUUGCUGUGGCUAUGGGCGUGAAUAUUUCUGAGAUUUAUGAAUAUCAACCGUCAGGAAUGUGCUGGAUAAGUCGAUUGACAUUUCAAGCCACAGUCAUUCCAUUGGUAUCUAUUAUACUUUCCGAGAACAUUUGCGCUGUUCUAUUGUACUUACAUGUGCGGAACAAGAUGCGAAAGAAAAUGAAUUUGGCGAUCAUCGAAAUGCACAAAUGGAAACAAGUCACCAACAUUAUGCUCAAUGCUGUAAAAAUGGCAUUCGUUUUAGGGAUACCUUUUGGGUUUGCAUUUUUCGCAAUAGGCGAUGCAGCAUUUGUUGUGCAGAUACUUUUUGUACUUUUCAAUACAUUGCAAGGUGUAUUUAUAUUCAUUUUCUUCUGGAUCAAAGACAAAAAUGCACCAAAAUACUGUAAACACAUCCUACUUUGUUUCAAAUCUCCGUACGAACAAGCAAGUAAAGAUGUGAGCGAGCUGGCAACUGCCAAGCCAAGCACGUUUGCAUCGACUGCAAACAUCUGUAUUGCAGAUUCUGUCGAACCAGUCCAGGUUCCAGGUUCUGUCGCGAAAACGAAGGACGAUGAAGCCAUGGAAACAGGUCCUGUCGAACCAGUCUGUAUUCCAAAUUCUGUUGCUAACAAAGUGAAGGACGAUGUACCAAAGGCAACAGUUUUCAGAGGUGGUUGGAAGUUUUAAAGGAAAAAAGACGUCAAGGCAGCAAAAUUUGACAUUUGAUUCCAACACUCAUCAAGUAUGCAAAUAGUUAUAUGGUAACGUUGGUUUGGAUCUAGAAAACAGAAAUCAUUGUCGUUUUGCAGUUGCUGCUGUUAGAGUUGUUAGCCACACCAUUAAAUAAAGAAGAACAACAUGACCAGUGAUCAAAUUAUGAAAUAUGUAAUGACUUAUUGGUGCACCCUUGGCGACACGGUAUAAACACCAUUAUGGUAUAGAAACCAUUAUAUUUGGUACUUUUAAAGUGUACAUAAUAUAUACAUUACUAACGUAUACAACUCUUGUGUAGCCAUAUAACUUAUAAACAAUACAAACACCUCAUUUAUUCAAUCCCCCGCGCAGUGAUAAAAUCUUUCGCCCAGUUGGAAUAUAAGAUGAUUUUUUUCUCUAUACACUAGAUGAUUUUGUUCUGUAUUUUUUGUUAUCAAACUGAUGGUGUGAUAUUGUAAGUGUGAACAAAUAUGCGAUUUCUUCUCUACUUAACAAGCAUAUGUAUCCUUUACACGUGUUUGAUACUGGCUAUCAAACUCGAUAAGAUCAGUACAUGCCUUUUUUAAAUUAUAUUGGCUUGUCUAACGUUCUAUGUGCACAUCUUGUCUAACUCGGUUAAUCAUUUAAACACACUGUAACAGUCAAGAGAGCUUUGCAAGACCGGAACGUGUAAGACUACAUGGAGAAGUUAAAAUGGUGAAUCAAGCUCCUAUUUGAAUUAUUCAAUUUUAUGGAUGCAUUUUAAUUUGAGAGAUACUAUACAACUUUUGAAAUUAAGAUAAUAGUAAUUGUCCUGUUGUUUGUGAUCAGAAUGAAUGAAUAAACACUUGUGUUAGCUGUGUGAUUCCCAUGCAAUUAGUGAUCAAUAACAUUAACAUAUUUUGAAUGUAAUUACUUUCUAGAGUACCGAGAAUGUUUUUGCGCUUCCUUUUCUAAAAUUUCUAAAAUUCGUAUCAUGUAUGACGUGCAUAAAAUGCAAGAUAAUUGUAUUAUGUGCAUUUAUCAAGAAAACGGCUUGACUUGUUACCAUAAACAGGGUUUAUCUUUUUUUUAAAUUUUCGACUACUGGGUUUGACCCUGUAUUUUUCAUCGUAUUAUUGUAUUGUUAUAGGAUUCAUUAUUAUAAUAUUUUUAUGUAACAGUACAGUCAAGACCCGUUGGCUCGAUAUCGCUUGGUUCGAAUUUCUAGUUGGCUCGAAUUGGAUGUAAAGGACCGAUUUAGUUUUACUCAUUAUAAGCAUUCCCGCUUGGCUCGAUUUUCGCGAGGCUCGAAGUAUUUUGGUCGGUCCCUGGGAUAUCGAGCCAACGGUUUUCGACUGUGCGCUUUUCCGUGCUGUUUGUUUCAAUUAUUAACUUGUAUUAAAACAUGGAUGUUUUGACGUGUGUAAAUAUAUAUAUAGAGAAAAGUAUGAAUACAAAUGUAUCUCAAUAAAACAUA